GACACCCCUUCCAACGAGUGCGCCAGCCCGACCCCAUCAACACAGCUCUUCUGUGCAGACUUACAAUCUCAACCCAUCGCCGAGACCCUAUAACAUCAGUCCCUCUCCUUUCCCCUACGAUCCAACCCCAUCACCGCGUCCCUAUAACCCCAGUCCUUCUCCUCUUCCUCAUGACCCUACCCCAUCAUCCUAUCCCUACGUGAGCUCCUCGCCUUUCCCUUAUGAAUCUAGCGCGUCACCUCGGCCCUACGCCUCAAACCACUCUCCCAGCCCGUAUAGAUCCGUCUCACCCGAUCGUCCCUUCGAUUUGAUCCCUUCUUAUCACCCCAGUCACUCGGCCCCAGCCACUCACCCCCACGACUCGAGUCCCAUUUCUUCCUCGCAUGACACCAGAUCUCCAAAAUAUCCCCAUGACACAGGCCCAUCCCCAAGACCCCUUCAUCGCCCAGACUACGAGAGACCCAGUCCUCUGCCGUCCCAUCCCCACGGGCCGUCCACAGAGGCCCCAGCGACCGUCACUAGCACCGUCCCGCGGCCGGUGGAGCCGCUCCCAGCGCCACCUACAGAAGUGACCGAUUCGCAGCUCGAUCACACAGAGCCGAUCUCUGAGGGGUACGAACGAGAGAAAGAGCGGCAGAAGGAGCACACUGCUGAGACUGAGGGAUGGGAGAGGUACCCAGACGAGGUGCAGCGAGGCCAGAGUGACCACUCGUUAUCCCCUGGCCAGCGGCACGGUCCAAGCGAGGCGCACAUAUCUCCCGGAACAGCGCCCGACGCAAUCAGGCUGGCUCCUCACGGGGCAGACACAGGGGCAACCCAUGACCCAGGCUUUGAGAGUAACGAGCCGCCAUAUAAGAGCAGUACUGAACCAUUGAUAAGCACAGCUGAGGAGGAAAGAACUGAGGUAGCAUAUUCCAGCAGGCAACGAUCGCCUGACAUUGAAUCAAACCCAUCCUCGAUACGGCUGGCUGAGUACACAUUACCUUCCAAAAGCCAGCACUCUGGCUCUCCCAAGGAGACGCGCCCAGCCCCACAUCAGUCCGAGCCACCGGCGAACUCCCGGCCCAUCGAUCGACCUGUGGAAGUCUCCGUCGCUUCCACAGCAGCGCCGGGAAGUGCCUACUUUCCUGUUACGACCAGCGCGCCCUCUGCGCGGCCGGCCAGCUCCAGUCCGAAGUCGCCGCCGCCGGCCGUACCUCUGCGCAGGAUCAAGGUGCGGAGACGGCUGAGGAAGGUUCGACGGAGACGGCCCAAGCUAGCAGGGAAGGGCGGAGAGCGGACUGAGUGUCCGAGUGGGCGAGUCACUCCUGAACAGCUCCCCGAGCGAGAGAGGACGUUCGAGAGACAUUCAGAGCGAGACGAGAGAGACAGGGGUGAGACACCCGAUAAAUACACCCAGGCUCGGACGGAGAGGAUGCGGACCAAACAGCAGGAGAUAAAGCUACGUCAAAUGAAGACCCAGGAGCAAGGCAGGCUGCUGCGAGAGGAGAAACUGCGGCGCGCCAGGCAGGACGCCGCUCUCAAAACCAAGCGGGGAGAGCGGCCGCGCUGGGAGGGCGAGGAGCGGCCCCGCUCCCGGCAGAGGGAGACGGUGAUGACGGAGGGUGCACAGAGCCCACCCAGCACCAGUACCACCAGUCGGCCGCAGCACACCUUCCCCCCGUACCGACCCACCAGCACCACUGAGCGGCCGCGGUACACGUUCCCACCGUACCGACCCAGUAAAGACUCGGCCACACCGCCCGGAGAGCUGCCGUUCGGGGCGCGGCUCGGCAAACGGAAGAAAUACGGGGGCUGAGAUAAACGAAACAAUACACAUGGGAUCUGAGCGGCGGAGAGCCACAGAUGGGUGGGUGAGUACAGCUCAGGACAGAAGACAGACAGACUGACACAGGUCAGGACAGGGAACAGGACUAGCCGACACGUGUCCGCACAGGUCGCGGAUACAAGAGUGAACGUCACGGGCCAAGACAGGAGACCUAGACUAACCGUGACGGGUCAGGUCAGAGAACACCAGACCAGCCGCGAACAGAGUAAAAUGUGUCCAGGGCCCAGACCGAGGUCCCACAAAGAAAGCAGUUUGGAAAUGUUUUUAGUACCUGCAGUCUGCACUAUAUCCAGUGACACCGCUUAAUCGUUUACUGAUUCACUGGCGUUUCGCUAUUGCUGAAAUACACCACUGAAACCAAUUUAAGCCCGGCGGGUGUGCGUAGUAGUAUCAUAUCAUAGUAUCAUAUCCCAUGGUAAUGAUAAUGAAAUGGUGUUGGGAGGAGCAGACAGUGCAGCUGAUUAGAAGAAUAUGAUAUAAACCAGCUAAUAUGUCGGAUUUCAGGUAUAUCAGAGCAGGGUAGCAUAUCGUGUGCCGUAUGCGCUAGUGUCGUUCCAAUGAAUCCAUCCCCUGGUACUCUGUAUGUUGACACUCAGUAUGAAAUGUCGCUGAAUUUGCGGAGCAAGUCUGGUAUACGCGAUCGUUCGCCAGACGACAGAAUGCAUCAGUAGGACCGUGUGCUUGUGCGUGUGUCGAUGAGAAGCUGUUUACUCGCAGGUAGAUGCAAAAUCGUUUGGUGCAUCAGGAUUUCGUGCUUUCACUGAGACAAUGUGAAAUGUAGUCAUGUCGCAUAUGCUUAAUAACAAAAUAAACGAUCAGUAGAGAA